AUGCGUCUAGGGAUCAGCAGGGGUAAACCCCUGGGUAUCAUAAGCCCAACCCACACCCCUACCCCUGGAGGGUCUUACCCCUCAGACCAAGGGUCAGGGGUAACCCAGGGGUAUUAUAAGGGUACAAGGGUAUCACAAGGGUACAGGGGCCCAGGGGUACUACCAAUUGUCCAGGGGUACAGGGGUCUCCAAAUCCAAACCCAUACCCCUACCCUCAAGUACCCUUACCGGAAGGGAAUGAAGUCGUACAAAAGAGAAGGGGUUGGCUGUACAAAGGAAGAGCGGUCAAGUGAUUUAGAUAGGAAUGGAGGUAAUAGGGAAUGCGACGAUGAAGAGGCGAUGGUGAUACAGCUUGAAUGCGAAGUUAAUGAAUGUGUGAUGAUCCAGUUUGGUGGUUCAUAA